ACCUAGUUGAGUUUGAGAACUUCCGACAUUUCUGUUUUUAUUAUUUUUUGUAUUCGUAAAAAAAUAUAUAAAUUUUAACAACAUGGGAAUUAAAGAAGCUGUAAUUUAUUUAGAUAAUCAAUGGAAUGCUUAUUAUGCCGGUCAAACAGUAAAUGGGAGAAUUGAAUACGUUUUUGAUAGCCCUAAAAAAGUUAGAGGUAUUCAUGUCAAGUUCAAAGGAGAGGCACACACAGAAUGGAGUGAAAGUAAACAAGAAGAAGACUCAGAAGGAAAAACUCAAUCCACAGACACUCUUCAUACUGGAAAUGAAGAAUAUUUCCAAAUAUCCUAUUAUCUUCUUGGCAGCAGUACAGGAAACGAAAUUGAAAUUCCUGCUGGUAAGCAAGUGUAUAAUUUUACCUGUGCGCUGCCUCCAGUAUUACCAUCUUCUUUUGAGGGUGAGCAUGGCUUUGUGCGCUACACUGUUAAAGUCACCCUUGACAGGCCGUGGAAAUUUGAUCAAGAGACUAAAAUGGCAUUUACAGUCAUUAAUGCUUUGGAUUUAAACCUCAAUCCUUCAUAUAAAGAACCAAUACAUUUCCAAAUGGAAAAAACAUUUUGUUGUUUCUGCUGUGCGUCACCUCCAUUAUCGGUAGAUGUUCGAGCCCCAGUGACUGGAUAUUGCCCUGGCCAAGUCAUUCCUUUAACUAUUGACAUAGAAAACAAGAGUAAUGUUCAAUUGCAUCUUGUCAAGAUAUUUUUGAGAAAGGUGGUGACAUACAGAGCAACUUCACCAACAACUGCUGUGAAGAAGUCAAAGGACAUUGUUCUUACGAUACAAGAAGGACCUGCUCCAGCUGGAACCACUAAGCAUUGGAACUUGAACAUGGAAAUACCCCCAAUACCACCCUCAAACCUUGUCAAUUGCAGUAUUAUUGAUCUGGAUUACGAUUUAAAGGUGGAAUGUGUAGUAUCGGGAAUGCAUCUCAACUUCAAAGACAAGAAGUACAUAACGAUUGGCACGGUGCCGCUGAUGGGCGGGCCGGGAGCGGCUCCAUCAGCUCCCUCUCAGCCUAGUGUUGAUGCAGCAAACCAGCCAGCCGUUCUACCUGUGUCUCCGGGCGAGCCUGCUCAGCCAUCUGCACCAGCUGGUGGCGAAGCUCCAGGAGGAUGGGUGGUUCCAGGGUCGUCACCAACUCAGCCACCUUUCCAGUCGCUGUACCCUACUCUCACUGAACCAGUGUACCAGGAAUCUCCAUACGGCCGCACUAUUAAGGAUCGCGAUGAAAGUCAGCACAUGGCCAUUAAUGGUCCUGCAAAAUUCGCUCCUUACUAUCCUACUUACGCGGCUGUCCAACCCCCGCCUUUACCACAAUAAAAUAAUUUAACAAGCUUUUGUGAUGUGUGCUAUUAUAUAGUAGUUAGACAGUAUCCAUUUGUAUCGAAUUUCGAAACUGCUUUAAUGACGAAUAUUGUAACAUAUUUACAUUUUAUUGCAUUAUAACAGUUACUGAAUAUUUCUUUUUUACCAUAAGGUUUUACUUUGUGUAUCGUUAUGUAAUAAGUGUAAACGGAAACGUGCUAAUUAAUUAGCCUCGAAUAUUUUGAUAGAUUAUUUUUGCUUCGUAUUUCUUGCGUCUUUUUAGUUCCGAAGUUAUACUAUACAAUCUCCCAAAUGUCUCAUUUAUAUAUUCCGCCCGCGGCUGCGCCCGCUUUGUCUAAAACCUAAUAAAUUAUAGAGGUACUAAUACCUCCCUCUUGAAUCACUCUAUCUAAUAAAAAAAACCGCAUCAAAAUCGGUUGCGUAUUUUCAAAGGUUUAUGCAUACAAAGGGACAGGGUAAGCGACUUUGUUUUAUACUAUGUAGUGAUAAAUGUAAUCAGAAAAACCCGCUGUAUAAAUUAAUACUAUGAUGCUGUAGUGAAAUGAAAUUGUACGAAUACUGUCUAUUUACGAUAAAUUUAUGACUAAUUUUAUUUGUGAUUUCAUGAGAUCUUAGAAAUUCUGGAUUGUACUCAAUUACAAUUCAGUAAUUGUAUCUUUAAGGAUUGUUAAAAGACAUGCCCGUCCUAAUAUUAUUAUUUAUUGUAAAUUUACAGAAAAAAGAUUGAGAGUUUGCGUAUUUCUUUAUCACAUUCUUUUUUAAAAUAUAUUGUAUGAAUCUCCGUAACUUCCAAUGAAGACUACUCAUUGCUCAAGCGGUAUUUUAUCAUUAUUGGGGCAGAAUUUAAUUUUGAUAUUGUCAAAUCUUGGUUAAAAUAAAAAGCAUAACUUAUUGUGCAAAAAGUAAACGCUAGCUUAGUAUUAUCAGGCAGCUUUAGCUAGCAUAAAAUUAUCUUAUAGUAAUAAUUGUGCAUCAUACAUAAUUAUAUUUUGUCUACCAAGAACGCACAAUUAUUUAAUGAUAUUUAAGUUUUAAAAAAAUUAUUUUGAAAUGUCCUAAUUGGAAUGCUCUGGUUUUUUAAAAGAUUGCUUAUUAAUAUUAAAAGUAUUAUAGAACGUAUUAUGGGCUGAUGAGAUGAUAUGAUAUCCCAUACACUCCUUUGUUGAUAAUUUGAUAGAUGAUCAUAUAAAACCAGUUAUAGCUUUGAUCACUUUAUUCUGUUGUAUACUAUAAAAUUUACUAAUGAUGAUGAUGUUUAUUUGAUAGUUGAUAUGAUAUUAAUUGAUAGAUUUUAUUUAAACGAGAGUUUUCUAUUGGAAAUUCGAUCAAGCUGAUAUUAGUGAAUUAUAAAAUAUUUGGAAACCAUACGUCAUUUUGUACCAAAAAAAUAUUUUAUAAAAUCUGAAUAAAAUCAAUAAAAAUUAUAAGUUUGAAAGGAUUAACGUGCACUCUUUUUUAAUUAUAGUCGUGAUGUUCGGAGCUCAGACUAAGUACGGACCUAGUAUUCACCCAAGCAUUUAUAUGCCAUUUACUUGUUAUAUUUGAACAGAGUUAUAAUAUAGACUAUAGAAACUAUAAACUGGGAGUAAUAAUGUUUGAAUUGUAUUUUCCUGAGGCAAUACUGCUAUAAAGUCAAAAUAAGCAUAUUUUUGAAGUGAACGUUAAGAUUUUUUAAAUGUUCUGACCAUAUACCUACUUACACAUUAAUGGCUUGUUAAGAAGAAGCUUUUGACUCAUGUACUUGUAAGAAUAAUUAUUUAUAUUGUCCUUUUACUUUAUAUAACUUAUACAUAUUUUAACAUUGUUUUAUUAAAUGUAUCCAUAUUAUAA